UUUUUUUAGUUGUCAUGGUAACCAGUGGACAACAACAGGCAGCAUGGCGGAGGAGAAACUUUCAUUCGAACAAGCGUUCACCUUCAAUCAGCUUUCCACCAAAAAGUUUACAUUUCAGCAAGAUCCUAAGAUAUCAAGAAUCCUGAUGAAAUGGUCCAUGUUGGGUCGAAUUACCACUCAGGCCUUCAAUUUUGACCAAUCUUUCCAGCCUUAUAGGAGCAAUGACUUUGCCUGGAAUUUCUUUCAAGAUCCGUGCGUGAAGAACAAUUUAAAGGUACUUGAUUCCUCUGGAUCAUGGACACUGCUGGGUAGAGACAUCACACAUGUAAAUGUUGAAGUUGUUCCAUGCACAAAAGUGUCAGUGGACAUAUUCGAUCCAAUUUACUCAAAUGGAAUUUUGCGUCCCUCCGGCCACAUUGUCAAAUGUUACCAUGAAGUUAUUCCUGACUUCGAUGAGUUAAGGAUGCUUUUGCUUGAAGAAGACUCUGACAAUUAUCAUAUAAUCAGUCCAAGUGAUCGGCAGGAGUUUUUGUUCAGACUGUUCAAGCAUAUGGUCUUAGGUGGUGAACUUUGCCAAUAUGAGGAUGUCAUUGAUCCUUACACUGAGACAACAAAAAUGAUGUACAAAGACUUGGUCAGCGUUCAGAAGGAUCCACAUACAAAAGAGAUCAGUGUGGUCACAACAAUCUUGAAAGUUUCUGCUCACGAUCACGGUGGACUGUGCUACCCAUCUGCAACAGACAAUGAGCAGACAUUUGCUUACCUCUGUAUUGACCCAUUUAAAAGACAUGUGUAUGUUUUGUACCAUUCAUUUGGUAUAGGGGACUUUUCAGGAAACUAAGUGCUCUCGAUUUAGGUCUACAUAAAAACACUGAGAUAUUAUUUUAAAGAAAUUAUUAAUUUCUUAAAUAAUAAUAAUAAUGAAUAAUUAUUGUUAUUUUUAAUAUAAUUGCAAAAAAAACAUUUUUGUUCAUCCUACAAAUAUUGUCUUCAUUUGUAAAACUAAAAGUCAAUCAAUUAAAAACCACAGCCAAUCAGAACAAGUGUGGGCAGGCUCUUGAGGCAUUUGCAUGGUAAUUGCAAGAAAAUGGAUUAGUAUAUAACAAUAUUCACAAAUAUUACACAAUUUAAACAUUAUUAAAAAUACUCACCAAGAUACUGAAACAGUCUUUGUCAAAAAAUACACUUGUUUUGUUCACAGUUUGAACAUUCUUGCUUCCAUUUGUUUAAUUCCAAGAUCUGAGGUUAAUUAUCCAUUGUUGCUUACAAAGCUGGGAGCAUUAUAUGAUAUUCAAAGUCACAUUACAUGUUUUUAACAUUAAAUAAAGCACAUAAACAUUA